AUGGGUGCGUCUGGUGUUACAGAUGAAGUGUCAGUGAUGGAGGGAGAUUCAGUCACUCUAAACACUGGUGUUCAAACAAACCAACAAGACAGAAUUAGAUGGUAUUAUAAUGACAUUUGCAUUGCUAAAAUCAAUAGAGAUCAGAGUAAUAUCUGUACAGAUGUUCAGUGUAAUGAAGGCACUGAGAGAUUCAGAGACAGACUGAAGCUGGAUCAUCAGACUGGAUCUCUGACCAUCAUGAACACCAGAAACACAGACUCUGGAGUUUAUCAACUACAGAUCAGCAGCGGCAGCAGCGACAGUGAAAAGACCUUCAGUGUUAUUUUAUAUGGUGUUUCUGCUGCUGAACGAGAUAAAGUGAAGAGAAAGUCAGUGAUGGAGGGAGAAUCUGUCACUUUAUACAGUGGUGUAAUGAGAAAACUGAAUGAUUCAAUAACAUGGUAUAUUAAUGAGAUUAUCAUCGCUGAAAUCAAUAGAGAUCUCAGUAAGAUCUGUACAGAUGUUCAGUGUAAUAAAGACACUGAGAGAUUCAGAGACAGACUGAAGCUGGAUCAUCAGACUGGAUCUCUGACCAUCACAGACACCAGAAACACAGACUCUGGAGAAUAUAAACUACAGAUCAGCAACAGCAGAUUCAGCAUCAUUAACAGCUUCAGUGUUUCUGUCACUGCUCCUCCAGGUUCAGGUUUAUCUUCAGCUGCUAUAGGAGGAAUAUGUGCUGUUGUUCUGUUUGUGGCUGCAGUCGCUGCUGGGAUUUACUGUCACCACAGAUCAAAACAAACAGGAGAUCUGAUGUCCCUUCAACCGACUGGCAAUCCACAGGAGCUAACGGGACGUCCACUGGUCAGACUGAUGGGUCACUGA